ACAGCAGCGAGCUGCCCAGUGCACCCCUGCGCUGCACUUCCUCCUGCAGGUACAGACCUGCACCUUCAGCUGCUCUUUCAUAGCAUUGCAACGCCACCACCUCACAGCAGGAACAAUUUGUUGUUUUUAAAAGAAAAACGUUUACCCGUCACUUGAAUUUUACAUCAAUUAAAGCGUAGCCAGAGAAAGACUUCUUUAGUGGGGUAAAACCACUCCGAAAACUGAGCCCGUUCCCCAACCCCAGUGCUGCUGCUGGUUUAGCCACGCACUCUGAGCACCAAUAUUCAGACACUCGGGGCGAUGUUACUAUCAAGAAUCAUUUCCGCAUUUGAAGCCCAGCAGAAAAUGCACCUUUCCUGUUGGGUAACGUACAGGCUGUUGUGAAACGGAAGUGAAAAAGGGGGAGCGACGUCUCUUUUUUUGAAAAAGAAAUCUUCUAUAACACUCCCCACCUCCCGAGAGAGACAGCCGGUCCACGCUGGUACAGUGAAAGCAAGUUGCUCGUUGUUAUCAAUAUAGCGGCAAAUAAUGCCCGUUCAAUUGAACGGAGUAAGCGCCUUUACUCGCAUCUGAUUAAUGUGGUACCGUGGCAAGCGGCUUAGGGAAAAAAACAGAAGUCCUAUCUUCUGAAACGCUGAUGUUUGCCUCCCUGUUCAGAGUACAGUUAGUUCUCUCUGGAAAAUGCUGAUCAUUUUGGACAGUUUCUAAGACUCCUGGCAGGAUAGAUAAUACUGGAGAAAGCAGUAACCAUCUGCCCCAGAUGUUGUAAAGCAUAUCAUUUAUUUGGCAAUGAUCAUUCAGAAGUGCUGGAAACAAGAUGUUCUUUCAAAGCUGAGAAUCAUGCUAACUACAAUUGAUGAAGAGCACACAGAGAGUCAAAACAUCAGAACAGACUGGGCAGAAUGAUUCCCACUACCUUUUACACUGCAUUUGAGUUGGAAGAAAAACACCAGAAUGCGACUGAACCAAGAACAGUGCUUUUUAACCAAAUGGGAAGUGAAAAUCUCCUUUAACGAGGAACCUUGACAGCCAUGCUCUGAGUUUUGAACUUCUAUCAUUUUAACUUGUAAGGAAAAUAUUGAAUGAUAACAAUGCCAUCAAGGGGAAAAUACUUUAUUAGUGAAAAUGAAGCUCGUAGAAGUACUGACUCACUGUAUGAGACUUAUUGCUGUAUGAGCCAGCAAUUUCCACUUGUUGUCCUCUUCUUAGUGAUAAUCAUUGGGGCUUGUAUAGCUCUGAUUGCUCUUUUGUUUUCCAUUGACCUGGAUGUUCAGAUGCACCUUCUCUUUUUUAUUACAUUAUGCACUGCUUUGGGCAUAUUUAUAGUGAUUUUUGUGCUUGUCUGCAUUGAGUCGUUAUUUCAAAGAUGGAUGAAGAUAUUUGCAUUAGUCAUUUGGGUUUGUCUUCUUACAAUGGGGUACGUUUUCAUCUUUGCUGGUGGUGCUAUCUCUGCUUGGGACCAGGUGCCAUUCUUUUUGUACAUUAACUUUGUUUUGUAUACAAUGCUGCCAUUAUGUACGCGGGAUGCCAUCAUUGCAAGUGUCCUGUCAUCCAUCUCUCAUAUUGUUGCCCUCAGUGUUCAUUUCUCAGUUGUACCAGACAUGUCCUCCAUUUCUCAGUUGAUUUCCAAUGCUGUGAUAUUUUUGUGUGGUUGCUUGAUUGGCUUUUUUCAUAAAUUCUCAAUGGAACGUGCCUUAGAGCAAACUUAUGAGGACACUUUAAGCUGUAUACAAAUAAGGAUGCAGUUGGACAUUAAGAAGAAACAGCAGGAAAGCCUGCUGUUAUCAGUGUUGCCAGGUUAUAUAUCUAUGGAAAUGAAACUUGCUAUUAUUGAACGUUUGAAAGAAAGUAACUAUUAUCCACACAAGCGCGAUAAUUUCCACAACUUGUAUGUAAAGAGGCACCAGAAUGUAAGCAUAUUGUAUGCAGAUAUUGUGGGCUUCACACGUCUGGCUAGUGACUGCUCACCCAAAGAACUUGUUGUCAUGCUGAAUGAACUGUUUGGGAAGUUUGACCAGAUUGCUAAGGACAAUGAAUGCAUGAGGAUAAAAAUAUUGGGUGAUUGCUAUUACUGCGUCUCAGGUCUUCCUGUGUCCUUACCGAAACAUGCAAAGAACUGUGUGAAAAUGGGGCUCGACAUGUGUGAAGCUAUUAAGCAAGUUCGGGAUGCAACAGGAGUAGACAUCAGUAUGCGGGUUGGUGUUCAUUCUGGGAAUGUACUGUGUGGCGUCAUUGGCCUUCGAAAGUGGCAGUAUGAUGUUUGGUCACAUGAUGUCACCCUAGCUAAUCACAUGGAAUCUGGAGGAGUGCCAGGGCGUGUGCAUAUCACAGAUGCUACACUGAACCAUUUGCAUAAAGCUUACGAAGUUGAAGAAGGAAAUGGACAUCAAAGAAAUGCCUACCUCAAUGAACUAAAGCUCAAAACAUAUUUGGUCAUCGAUCCAAGGACCAAACAACAAAGCCUGAAGACUCGGCAUUUACCAAAGCCAAGACAAGGUAAUGAUGGGCUGAAAAUGAGGGCAUCUGUCCGUAUGACACGAUAUUUGGAGUCAUGGGGUGCAGCGAAACCUUUUGCACAUUUUCAGCAACGGGAAAGUGUGAGCAGUGAAAUGUCAGCACCCAAUGGAAAGAUCAGGAAGGAAAUUCCCAUGCAUUCUCUCCGACUUCAUCGAACAUUAGAUAGAAACAAAUCUCAAAAAAGAAGAUUUGAAGAGGAACUGCAUGAUAAAAUGAUAACAACAAUUGAUGGGAUAAAUUCAUACAGGCAGUGGGUAAAAUGUGAUGUCUUUUCUCGUAUGUUGCUGUCUUUCCGUGAAAAAGGAUUAGAAAAACAAUAUCGUUCAGUCUGUCUUCCUUCCUUGAAGUAUUAUGUUGGUUGUGCCAAUCUGAUAUUCAUUUGCAUCUUUGUGAUCCAAAUACUUGUAAUGCCAUGCAAACUUCUACUGGGAAUAUCAUUUGGAAUUGCUGCAAUUAUUCUUCUGAUAAUUCUCUUCAUUUGUUUUGCUGCUCAUCUAAAGUGCUGGGUGAACAGCUCAACAUCUAACUUCCUUGUUGCCAUUUCUGAAACUGUAACAAAGAAACCAAUUGUACGGUUGCCACUGAUUCUUAUUGUCAUAGGUGGUGUGUUGGUCAUGGCAAUUUUGAACUUGCACACCCCACAAGGUGACAAUGAAACAAUGUGCAAUGUGACGAGUACUUUAGUGAAAAAGAAUGGCUGCCUUCCUUAUUAUGUAUGCUGUUGUAUUCUGGGACUCUUCACCUGCUCAGUCUUCCUCAGAGUGAGCUUUGAACUGAAAGCACUCCUAUUAAUUAUUGCCUGUGUGGUUUAUAACAUCAUUUUUCUAAAGACCUAUGCUCUUUUGUUUGAUGAAUACCAUAUUGAUCUGUACAACAGCAGUAACAAUGUAACUCUUGUGAAAAACCCCAAGAUUAUGGCUAGCUUUUACCUCCUCCUGUUUGGAUUCACUCUGCUGUUUCUGGCAAAACAGAAUGAAUAUUAUUGUAGGCUAGACUUCCUAUGGAAGAAUAAAUUUAAAAAAGAAAGGGAAGAAAUCGAGACAAUGGAGAAUCUGAAUCGACUUUUAUUGGAAAAUGUACUGCCAGGGCAUGUCGCUGAACACUUCAUUGGCGAAAAUAAAAAGAAUGAGGAUUUGUACCAUCAAUCUUACGACUGUGUGUGUAUCAUGUUUGCAUCAAUUCCUGAUUUCAAAGAAUUUUACACAGAAUGCGAUGUAAACAAAGAGGGACUUGAGUGCCUGAGAUUGUUAAAUGAAAUCAUAGCAGACUUUGAUGAGCUUUUGUCAAAGCCAAAAUUUAGUGGUGUUGAAAAGAUAAAAACUAUUGGAAGCACCUACAUGGCUGCUGCUGGUCUUAGCAUUGGCCAAGAAAAUAAGCAGGAUAGUGAAAAGCCUUGUACUCACAUUGGCAUCAUGGUGGAAUUUGCCACUGCAUUAAUGAGUAAAUUGGAUGGCAUCAACAGACAUUCUUUCAACAAUUUUAAACUGCGGGUUGGCAUAAACCAUGGACCUGUGAUUGCUGGUGUCAUUGGAGCCCAGAAGCCACAGUAUGACAUAUGGGGGAAUGCAGUUAACGUUGCUAGCAGAAUGGAAAGCACUGGUGAACUUGGAAAAAUCCAGGUCACAGAAGAAACCUGCAAUGUUUUGCGACAACUAGGAUAUUCUUGUGAAUCUCGAGGACUUAUCAGUGUGAAAGGCAAAGGUGACCUACAGACUUACUUUUUGUGCACAGAUGUUACAAAGUCGCACUAAAUACUAAACAAACAAUUUAUGCAGUUACAAAGCAGCCACAUAAAGAAUAUUUCCAGUAUAGUUACAAGAUUGUUUGCCGAUACAUGGUUGGCGUAAUACAAAAUAAAGUAGCGGUAAAAAGUUACAAUUUUCAAGAAAGAAACUGGGAUUGUGAUAGUGAAUUUUAUUUAAAAGUAAGUUGUUUAUGGCUGCACCGUUGUGAAAUACAUGCUGUUACUAUUUGAUGAAAAGAAACAUUCUCAUGUGCCCUGCAUCAUAACUUAUAGUACAAGGAUUAAACUAUGAAAUUACAAAAAGUACCAUUCAAAUUUUACAUAUGUUGUAGCAGUAGUUCUUUUUAAUGUUUAUGUUUUGAGUUUGAAUAUAAUUUCACUAUAGCUUAUAGAGAUAGCUAGUCUGUAGUGUCAUUAGUAAUGAGAAAAUAUUUGUAUACUUUUUGGAUUUUGAACUGAACAAAUGCAUUGUCAACAGGAUUGUACCUGACUGAUUAGCACAUUUGUUAUUUCACAAAAAUCUACUCAUUUGUGUUCAGAGUAGUUUUAAGAAUGUUUACUGCUGCAAACAGUGCUGUCUAGUGGUUAUUACAAAAUUCAAUACUGUCCUUAUCUGUAUUUAUUCCUCAAACCUUGUUUACCAAUGACUAUGGUGCUAGCUAUAGCACUAAAAGUCACCACAGAUUUGGUUAACUCAUGCACCAAAUUUUCAUUACUUUGCUGUGCCAUAAAUUUACAUCAUGUUUUAAAGGAAAACGUUUCCCGAUGUUUACAAAUGACAAGCUAUACCAGUGACUCUCAAUUGACUCUUCUUGUUAGUGCAGUGUUGCUCUCUCACUUAAUUACUAUGUAAUUUCUUUACCAACAUCGGUACCUGAAAUCGUUUCAUGACUGAAACAAUAUUUUCGAUUUUAAUAAUGUGAUCUUUUUCUGCAGAGUUGAUGUCCUCUUUUUUAAUGUAGUUAUUCAACUUAAGAGUCAUGGGUUUUAAAUAUGCUAUUUAUGCAUGAUUCCAAAUUACUGUACAAUCCACUGGCUGCAGGUACAAAAAUAUAUCUGACCUUAUCAUGGCAGUCAACAAGUCUGGUACAAUCUACUUUUGUGGCUGAGAUAUGGAUUUGUUUUUUUUUAAACUUGUUGAGGAAGAGCUUUAAACUGAUAAGCACUUAUUGUGUAAAUUUAUAGAUUUUUGCCAAGUAUCUUUAACUUGUGAUUUAGUAUUCCAUAUUUUAACACCGCCUUAUGUCCAACUUUAUGUGACCUAAACAGAAAUCUCAGCUGAUAUUGUAGUUGAUGAGUUGAGAAUUUUUAAAAAAAGCAAAAUAUGCACUCUCUAUUUUGGGAUAGAGAAUAAUACUUUUCCACAAUUGGCAUGAAAAAGGGAAAACCUUCAUUUAAGUUAUGCCAUAUUAUAGGUUGCUUAGAGCUGACGAAAUGUACAUUUCUGAAUGCUAGUGAAGUAAUGUAACAAAAAACGUUUUCUUUCUCACAACCUUGAAGCAAAUAGGCUAUAUAAUAAAUUAUUUCUAACAGUACAAAUUCUCCAA